AUGAUACAAGUCACCAUACCAUCUGCUGAAAAGGAAGAGGACGAGGUGGGGAAGUCCAAAAAGCUCUUUCGAGUUGAAGUGCUGUUCAACGAGAGGAAACAUUUUGUGCUGAGGAGGAGCAGCGAAUUCCAAACUCUACACAGAAAACUCCGGAAGAUCAUCCAGACACCCGAUUUUCCGAGUAAAAGGAAUCAACAUCUGAGGACUAAACCUCUCGAGCAGAGGCGGCAGGAAUUGGAGGAUUACAUCCAGGAGAUUAUCUAUCAGUGCGAAGAUGUACCACAGGAGCUGCUGGACUUCCUCCACGUCAAGCACUAUCACAUGGCAAAGAUCGGCAGCAUGGAAUCACUUGAUGACCUGGACAAUCAGGAUUACAGUUUUCAGUUGCCACAUCAGCGAGUGAUGGGAUUCUCCCGGGACCCUUAUGUGUCUGACUGCACAUCAGGGCUACCUGAUGUUGUCCUUGGUGGAGUCCUCCAAGGUUUCUACCGACGGGACGUCCGCGUCAGCUUCACGGCCCCCGAAAAGUCGAACACAAAAUCCCUCGAAUGA